GGCAAAUAGCCAGAGUGAAAUAAUGAUGACAUAGUGUAAUGUAUCAUCAUGAAUCAGAUUCAUGGAGAAAGAAGACCACUACCACCGAGUUUAAGUGAUGAAGAAAGAAAAGAAGAAAAAAAUAAGUUAAACCAGACAGUUGCAGAAGAGUUGCCCCUUUCUCCCAAACUGGACAAAUUCAAACUGGCAAGAUUUUUAGCUGACAAGGCAAUCAAGGAAAAGAAAAUUUUUACCAUCUGUGGCCCUUACCCAGUAAUUCGUAGAAGUUUAAGGAAAAAAGGAUGGGUGGAGAGAAAGCUUUCCAUAAAAAGUGACUUACAGGAUGAAUGUGAUGCUGAUUGCGAAGAUGGUGGAAAGAAUGGCAAAAAAUGUGACUUGUUUGAAGACGCUUCUGGCCUUGACAGUUCAGAUGACAUUCAUGAUAUAAUGUCUCGAUUGGUAAGAAAUGAAGAGACAUCCUUUUUUUGGACUAUAAAAAAGGAUGCCAUUAAUUACCAUAACCUACAUUGUGAUCAGAUGCUGAAUCAUUAUGCAAAAACAGGCUCCUUUACAACAAAAAUUGGACUUUGUUUGAAUCUGAGACAUUUGCCAUGGUAUGUUCCAGCAAAUCCAAAUACUUUCUUCCCCCGUUGCUAUGGUAUUUGCAUGGAUGAUGAGAAACAUGCUUUUAUAGAGGACUUCAGGAAUACAGCAGCAUGUAGCAUACUCAAAUGGGUCAUCAGUCUUAAUACCUGUGAUAAAAUAACACAGAAGUCUAAAGGAAAAGUUAAUAAAGAAGAUUUAGGCCAGAAGAAAGACUCUGUAGAUUCUGAUGAUAAGGGAGUCAAACAACUUCCUGGAAAACUAAUAGACAUGGCUUGCCAGGUGUGUGAAACCUACCUUGGGCAGAUGGAACACGAGGACAUUGACACAGCAAUGGACUCUUCUGCAGUUCUUAGUGAGGAGGAAUGGAAGGAAUUAAUUGAACAGUACUACUGUCUCAUUCAUGAAGGUGCUGUCAUUUGUAGUGCACAUAAUUACAUUAUACAGUGUCAAAAGAUUCUGAGCAAAAUCAUGUCUACAAACCCGCAGCAAGACAUAGAUGGUAACCACAAUAUCUGGAUUAUUAAACCAGGAGCAAAAUCUCGUGGUAGAGAAAUAGUGUGCAAAAAUAGACUGGAUGAUAUUCUGAAGCUAGUAGAAACAACAGAUCAAUUUCCAAUAAAGGACCACAAGUGGGUGGUACAGAAGUACAUUGAGACGCCCUUGCUAAUUUAUGAUACUAAAUUUGAUAUUAGACAGUGGUUUCUUGUCACUGACUGGAACCCACUGACUAUAUGGUUCUAUAAAGAAAGCUAUCUGAGAUUUUCUACACAACGUUUCAACUUAGACAAUCUAGACAGCUCCAUUCAUCUUUGCAAUAAUUCUAUCCAAAAACAUUACAAAAAUGCUGAAGACCGCAACCCUCUAUUGCCAUGGCACAAUAUGUGGACAAGUACCAAAUUUCAGGAGUACUUACAAAAGAAAGGUCGAGGCAAUAUAUGGCGAAAUGUUAUCUAUCCAUCCAUGAAAAAAGCCAUUACUUACACCAUGAGAAUGGCUCAAGAGAGUGUUGAACCCCGGAAGAGCAGUUUUGAGUUGUAUGGGGCAGACUUUAUUCUUGGAGAAGACUUUAAACCAUGGUUGAUUGAAAUCAAUACUAGCCCAACAAUGUUCCCUUCUACACCGGUCACAGCAGAGCUAUGUGCAAAGGUACAAGAAGACACAAUUAAAAUAGUUACUGAGAAGAAGCAUGACAAAAACUGGGACACUGGAAAAUUUGAACUUCUUUGGAGGCAGCCUCUUUUGGAUCUGCCUCCAUUCCAUGUUACGGAUCUUUUUGUAGAAGGAUUUGGCAUUAAGAGAUCAAGGCAGAAAGCUGCUCCUAUCACUAAUUUUAAUUUUCUUGAAACUUUAACAAGGAUGGAACGUACAGCUCAGUGUGUCUCCCCCAAUCAUGAAAAACAAGGAGAAUUAAUAGGAACUGUAAAUGACAAGCAAAACAUGAACUUGAAAAUUGAAAAAGUUGUUUUUUGCAAUUUACCUAAGCCUUUCAAGAAGACACCAGGGAAAAGUUGUAAAGUAAGGGAUGCACACAUGAAAUCCACUGGGUAUAUAGAUUUUCCGAGCUUAGUUUUACAACCUACACAAGACAUCACAGAGAUGAAACAUGCACAGUAUAUAAACAAGGCAAAAGGAGUAACAGAUUCAAGCUUCCUCAGAGUAAAUCAGAUACCCCCUACCUUUCAAAAUGUGAAUCCCUUGGACUGGCCUUUACUUCAGCCUUCCAGAAUAUCAGGUUUGCAGAACAACAUCAAGAAGACUCCAUGCUUAGUUUGUGGAGACACUUUCCAGUUGGAGAAAACCUGUAAACACUGCAGCUCUUUUUGUGCAACAGUACUGCAAGGAAGUUCAUAUUUACCUAUGUUUUGCUCUACCUCUGAAAAGAAGGUGACAGGCAAUAAGAUAGUUCUUCAUAGCAAUGUUUUCCCUGAAAACUUAUGAUUCCAUUCUCAGUACUCCAGUUUAUGAAAAGUGUUUUUUAAACAAAAAUAGAACUGUACAAGCCUUGCAUGAGCAGAUGUUGAAGAAAAAUUAUUUGCGAUGAAUAACUCAAAGAUAAUAUUUAAAGGCCCUUGGCUGCAAGAGUUGGAGAUUUUUUGUAAACUAUGGAUACAUAGGUGACUGAUUACACAGAAGCCAAAUAACAAAGUUUACGGUUACAGCAGCUCUGUGGCCAAUAUCCUGGACACAACUGUGUGAAACAUUCAUAGAAAUACAGUGAAAUCUCUUUUUAUG